GGCUGAAUCCUGGUACAGUGAUGAACAGACGGUUCCAAGAGACGACUUUACAUUUGUCAUUUGAAAUUGGAAGGCAGGUCGCCGAGCCCUGCUGAUCCGGGAUCAUAAUGGCGGACAAGCUUCUGCCUUGACAGUUGGUGGUUACGUGUGAAUUCAUUCUGCACAGCAAGCUACCUAAGUCUUAGUUGUAGGUCCGCCUACCAAUGGCAAAUGUGCGCCGUCUCAUGCAGUGAAGUCCCUAUGUGGGUUGGAUGUAAUGCAGUGCAACGACCGCAGGUUCUUGUCCGCUGUUGCUAAUGUAACAAGGGGCUCUAAAAGCCUGGUGGAAUCAGGAGCAGGAGUCCAAGCGAAGCCGUAAAGGAGGAAUACUUCUUGUACUAGCAUACACAGAUACAGUCAUUGAGGGUGGGUGGGGCUGGGGAGGGCAGCAGAGCGUUGAUGACCGCCCCCGAGCAGGCCAAGGUCCGUAGGCCUGCCGUGGGGUGGCAGCGGGUACCAUACUGGCUCCGGUGGUCACAGCGGAAAUUGAGGAUGGUUCUUACAUCAAUCACAUGGGGGGGCCUUCUCAAAGUUGCUUCGGGCGCGCUCCUUUUGGUCGGCAUCUUUGCAGCGGUGACGAUGCUGCCAGUCAACAGGCUCCUGCAAGAGUUCCUUCUCUGGCUGAAAAUGGACGUUGGCCCAUGGGGUCCGCUCAUUUUGAUCCUGGCGUAUAUUCCAGCCACGAUUCUGGCUUUCCCUGGCAUGAUCCUCACGAUGGGAGGAGGAUACAUAUAUGGCCUGGCCCUUGGUUUUGUUCUUGACUGCAUCGGAUCUACGGCUGGCGCUACUGCAGCUUUCAUACUGGGAAGAUCGGUUGGAAGGGGUUAUGUUGUUUCAAGAUUGAAGACAUACCCACAAUUCCAAGCAAUCCAGGCAGCGAUCGAGAAAUCGGGAUUUCGAAUUGUAAUUCUGCUAAGACUGGUGCCUCUUGUCCCUUUCACUGCCCUCAACUAUCUUCUGUCAGUCACCCCCAUCAGCAUUCAGACUUAUGUGGCAGCGUCCUCAUUAGGAAUGCUGCCAAUGACAUUCAUGUUUGUAUAUAUCGGGACGACCAUAAAGAACAUCUCAGAUAUUGGGAAGGGCGACCACGAAUACAAACACUGGAUAUACUUAGCCGCUGGGCUUCCAGCUGUCGGGAUGGUCAUUGCCCUAGUAGCCGCUUAUGCAAAGGGAGCCUUGCAAAAGGCCAUGGAUGAAAGCGUUGUAGAAGGGGAAAGUGUUCCUGCUCCUGACAUGGAGAACCAACAAGCACCACUUCUAGAGACAGUCGAGCCCUGAUUCACUGGGCGCCACACAUAACAGAGGAUGUUAGAGAUCAAUUUGCACGUGUCCCAAGUCAGAGGCGCUCUGACUUGGAUGCUUAGGCCUAUUCUUUCAAUUUCUAGGUGCAGCCAAAAUGAGAAUGUUCUCUCGAUUGUAGAUGUAGGGCAUUCGAGUCGAGCUUUCUGAUGAACAUCAUUCAACAUGCAUGCUCGGGCUCGGAGUCACAAAACUAGAUAAGCGGACUGCUGAUGAGAAUGUUCAUACAGGCUCGCUUCCCUCCAUUGUUGCCCUUUUUGGAUGCGUUUAAACAGCGACAUUCUAGACAACCUUUUCCUCGCGUUGCUCAGACUUUCAGGUCCUCAAUCAUACUAUGCAUCCGUCUUGAAAAGAAG